AUGGCGGAGCGCCGGCUGAGCGUGCAGCCGGGAGUGGGGGGGUGUUUUGGGGCUGGGGGGGUGUUUGGGGGGCUGGCGGAGGGCGUCAGCCCGGCUCUCCUGCAGUACCUGCAGAUGAAGUGGCCGCUGCUGGACGUGCCCGCCGGUGCCACGCUGAAGGACAGCCGCUCGCCCUCACCCGCACACUUGUCGAACAAGGUCCCGGUGGUGCAGCACGCCCAUCACAUGCACCCGCUGACGCCGCUCAUCACCUACAGCAACGACCACUUCUCGCCGGGCUCGCCGCCCGGCCACCUCUCGCCAGAGAUCGACCCAAAGACGGGAAUCCCGCGGCCGCCGCACCCGUCCGAGCUGCCCCCCUAUUACCCGCUGUCGCCAGGAGCCGUGGGUCAGAUCCCGCACCCGCUGGGCUGGCUCGUGCCGCAGCAAGGACAGCCCGUGUACUCCAUCCCUCCCGGCGGCUUUCGGCAUCCCUACCCCGCCCUCGCCAUGAACGCCUCCAUGUCCAGUUUGAUGUCCAGCCGUUUCUCCCCGCACAUGGUCCCUCCGCCUACCCACGGGCUGCACCCCUCGGGCAUCCCGCACCCCACCAUCGUCUCACCCAUCGUGAAGCAGGAACCCACCCAGCCCAGCGUCAGCCCCGGAGGCAACUCGAAAUCCCCCGUCACUGUGAAGAAGGAGGAGGAGAAGAAACCCCACAUCAAGAAGCCGCUCAACGCCUUCAUGUUGUACAUGAAGGAGAUGAGGGCCAAGGUGGUGGCCGAGUGCACGCUGAAGGAGAGCGCCGCCAUCAACCAGAUCCUGGGCAGACGGUGGCACUCGCUGUCGCGGGAGGAGCAGGCGAAGUAUUACGAGCUCGCGCGGAAAGAGCGGCAGCUGCACUCGCAGCUCUACCCGACGUGGUCGGCGCGGGACAACUACGGCAAGAAAAAGAAGAGAAAGCGAGAGAAGCUGGCCCAGCAGCAAAGCCACGACACGGAGAGCUCCCUGGCAUCCAAAAGCAAGAAGCCGUGCGUGCAGUACCUGCCGGCCGAGAAACCGUGCGACAGCCCCGCGUCCUCCCACGGCAGCAUGCUGGAUUCGCCCGCCACGCCGUCGGCCGCCCUGGCAUCCCCGGCCGCGCCGGCUGCCACCCACUCGGAACAAGCUCAGCCCCUUUCGCUCACCACCAAGCCAGAGGCCAGGGCUCAGCUCGCAGUGCAUUCGGCCGCCUUCCUCUCGGGCAAAGCCGCCUCUUCUUCCUCCUCCUCUUCCUCCUCUUCCUCCUCCUCGAGCCUCGGCAGCCCGCCCUCGCUCCUCUCCAGACCCAUCCCCUUCACCUCGGUUCCCUCCACGGCUCUCCUGUCCUCGCCUCCGUCCUUCGCGGCCGCCAUCCCGUCCCCGCAGGCUGCCCUGGCCGUGCUGCAAACGCAGCCCCUUUCCCUGGUCACCAAACCUGCCGACUAAGGGAAAAACUCAUCCCCUCCUGUCCCCUCCCGUCCGUCCCCUCCCUGCUGUACAUUGCAGAAGCCACAAUCAAGAUUCAAAUGCAGCCAAAACCAUUAUUGGUCAAUAUUUGACCCUUUCUGAACUCUUUUGUAAGCAGACUCUGGAGGAAGGGGCUUUCUGCUCAGAGCUGCUGCCAGCAGUCGACCUAAAGACCGUUUUUAUUAAAAAAAAGGAAAAAAAGGAAAAAAAAAAAAGAAAAGAAACCCUCCACAAGCUGCCGACGAUGGAAAUCUGUGAGUUGACCGUGGGCGCGA